GCACCCCGCCAGAUGCCCAGCCACAAGAAGCCGAGCAACUUGCUUCUCCAACUCAGAAAUCAAGGGAGAACGAGGCUGUGGCGCGGCCAGCAGAAUCUGAUGAAGGGCAAGCCGCUGAAGACUCCAAAGGAGCAGACGCAUCUGCUGCUCCAGCUGAGAAACCCAUCGAUGAAGAG